UCUGGAGAGAGAGAGAGAGAGAGAGAGAGAGAGAAGAGAGAGAGAGAGAGGGGGGAGGGAGGGAGGAUGGGGUUCUUCUUCGCCUCCCGUGCUGCGGCUCGGUUCUUGGGCGAGGCCAGGAUCAGCCACCCGGGCGUCUCCACCGCUGCACUUCUUCUUGCGGCAGCAAGUGGUGGAGGCCUUGUGGCGUAUGCUGAUUCUGCUGCAGAGAAUGCAUCAGAGCAAUCUCAGGAGGCUCCCAAGAAGAAGAAAGUUGUGGUUCUUGGGACUGGCUGGGCUGGGACUUCUUUCCUCAAAGAUCUUGACUGCUCCAAGUAUGAAGUGAAAGUCAUAUCACCCCGAAAUUACUUUGCAUUUACACCUUUGCUUCCAAGUGUGACAUGUGGGACUGUAGAAGCACGCAGCAUUGUUGAGCCGAUACGAAAAAUGCUUGAAAAGAAAAGGAAAGAUGUUACAUUCUAUGAAGCUGAGUGUUUCAAGAUCGAUGCGUCAAAGAAAGCUGUCCAUUGCCGUUCUGCUGUUGGAACUAAUUUUGAUGGGAAUGGCGAUUUUAUGGUUGAUUAUGAUUACCUAGUAGUUGCUCUUGGGGCUACAGUAAAUACAUUUGGCACUCCUGGUGUGAUGGAGCAUUGCUACUUUUUAAAGGAGGUAGAGGACGCUCAAAAGAUCCGGAGGAAUGUGAUAGACUGCUUUGAGAAAGCUUCACUUCCUAACAUUAGUGAAGAGGAGAAAAGGAGGAUUCUUCACUUCGUGAUUAUUGGUGGCGGGCCCACUGGGGUUGAAUUUGCUGCUGAGCUGCAUGAUUUUCUUGUCGAGGAUCUGGUGAAGAUAUAUCCUGCAAUUGAAGAUUUUGUGAAGAUAACAAUUAUUCAGUCCGGUGAACAUAUAUUGAAUAUGUUUGACCAAAGGAUAGCCACAUUUGCUGAAACGAAGUUCCAGAGAGACGGUAUUGAGGUGAAUACAGGAUACAGAGUGAUAAAAGUCUCUGAUGAUUUGAUUACAAUGAAGAGCAAAUCACUUGGUGAAGUAUCGGUACCAUAUGGAAUGGCUGUCUGGUCUGCGGGUAUUGGUACUCGUCCUGUUGUUAUGGACUUCAUGCAUCAGAUCGGUCAGACCAAUCGGCGAGUCUUGGCAACUAAUGAAUGGUUAAGAGUUCAUGAGUGUGAUGGUAUCUAUGCAAUUGGUGACUGUGCUUCAAUAACUCAAAGGAAAAUAAUGGAGGACAUUUCAACAAUAUUUAAAAUGGCUGAUAAGGACAACUCUGGCACUCUAACACUCAAAGAAAUAAAUGAUGUUCUUGAAGAUAUUUGUAUAAGAUACCCACAAGUAGAACUGUAUAUGAAAAGUAUGCACAUGCUUGACACUAGGGAUUUGAUAAAAGAUGCCAUAGGUGAUUCCCACAAGGAAGCAAUGGUGGUUGACAUAGAGGAGUUCAAAAAAGCUCUAUGUAAAGUGGAUUCCCAGGUUAAAAGUGUUCCAGCAACAGCUCAGGUUGCCGCGCAACAAGGGCACUAUCUUGCUGAAUGUUUUAACAAGAUGGACCAGUGCAAAGAAGAGCCUGAAGGUCCAUUGCGCAUGUCAGGAUCAGGACGACAUAAUUUCCGCCCAUUCCGAUACAAACAUCUUGGGCAAUUCGUGCCAUUGGGUGGAGAGCAAGCUGCUGCAGAGCUCCCGGGCGACUGGGUUUCCAUGGGCCAUAGCACUCAGUGGCUCUGGUACUCUGUAUAUGCAAGCAAACAAGUGAGUUGGCGUACACGGAUGCUGGUGGUGUCUGACUGGACUCGCAGGUUCAUAUUUGGGAGGGACUCAAGCCGAAUUUAGCGCUGCCAAAUGCAGCAGCACUUCUGUACAGAUGACAUAGCUGAACCAUUUUUCUGUCUGUACGUACAACUGUUGAAUAAUUGAUGUGCUGAACUUUGGGCAAGCAAAGCUGUUUCUUGUCCCUUUCUUGCCCUGCCAA